AUGGCAACUAAAUCCGGCCUCAACCCAAACGUGGAAAAUGGCUUGACAGAAGCAGUGCUCUCAACAACCUACAAAGGCCCCGGCAGACUCGGGGACCCAAACAUGAAGAUAUUCCAGGACCCGCGAGCCCAUCCAAAGAUCGUGGAGACUCUGCGAGCAUUUGGCAUGGACGGCAGUCAACCCAACCCGUACGCCGACAUGUCCCUGGAAGAGCUUUCUUCAGAUGAACAAAUGGCCAAGAGCCAUACGGACACCUCGACGCUGUAUGAGGUACUGCCGAAUGACCUACCUGGGGACGAAGACGAACCAGCUGUCGAGCAGUCAACUCAGACCUUCGAGAGUUAUGAUGGAGUGGAACGGAAGCUGCAUGUCUUCCGCCCAGCUAGCCAGGAAGGAGACUUGCCGUGCGUGGUGUACUUCCAUGGCGGUGGGAUGGUGGUCUUGGACACUGCCAAUAAGAUCCACUUCCGAUGGUGUACAUCCCUCGCAGCCCAAGGUGUCGUGGCGAUAGCUGUCGACUUCCGCAAUGUCUGGAGUUCCAAAGGCAGCAACCCUUUCCCGAGAGGUCUGAAUGACUGCGCAUCUGCGGUUCAGUAUAUCAGCACGCAUAAGACGGAGCUCAAAGUCAGCAGCAUUGUCCUUCAAGGCGAGAGCGGAGGAGCAAACCUCGCACUAGCAACUACUCUAAAAGCCAAACGUGAAGGCUGGGUCGAUCAGAUCGCAGGUGUCUACGCCAUGGCUCCCUACAUCAGUAACGGAUACGGCUGGAGCGACACCCGCAAACUGGAAGAACUUCCCAGCCUGUACGAAUGUGAAGGGUACUGGCUCUACACCGCCAUGAUGGCUGGAAUGAGUAGAUACUACAGCGGCGACGACUCGGAGAACCCUCUUGCUUGGCCAUACUAUGCGUCGACAGAUGACUGUACCGGUCUACCUCCUCAUAUCCUCUCGAUGGACGAGCUUGAUGUUCUGCGAGACGAGGGUAUGGCGUACGCUAGAAAGCUGCUCGCUGCUGGUAUCGAGGUGACCGCUCAAGUCAAUUUGGGUGUGGUGCAUGCUUCGGCGUUGAUCUUCAGGAAGCUGUUACCUGAAGUCCAUAACAAGGCCAUCAGAGAUAUCGUAAGCUUUUCGAAGAGCUUGUAA